AUGAGCCAGAGGCAGGUGCUCCAAGUGUUCGAACAGUACCAGAAGGCUCGGACUCAGUUCGUGCAGAUGGUGGCAGAGUUGGCGACCAGACCCCAAAACAUUGAGACGCUACAAAAUGCUGGUGUAAUGUCAUUGCUGAGGCCGCUUCUCUUGGAUGUUGUCCCAACUAUUCAGCAGACUGCUGCCCUGGCCCUUGGGAGACUGGCUAAUUAUAACGAUGACUUGGCAGAAGCUGUCGUAAAGGGAGACAUUCUUCCACAGCUCGUUUAUUCGUUGGCUGAACAGAAUCGUUUCUACAAGAAAGCAGCGGCAUUUGUGCUAAGAGCUGUUGGCAAACAUUCCCCUCAGUUAGCUCAAGCAAUAGUUGAUUGUGGAGCAUUGGAUACGCUGGUUGUAUGCUUAGAAGAUUUUGACCCAGGAGUAAAGGAAGCAUCAGCUUGGGCCCUUGGGUACAUUGCAAGACAUAAUGGAGAACUGUCGCAAGCUGUGGUGGAUGCAGGAGCAGUUCCCCUUUUAGUACUCUGUAUCCAGGAGCCAGAAAUUGCUUUGAAAAGGAUUGCUGCCUCAGCUCUCAGCGAUAUUUCCAAGCAUUCUCCAGAAUUAGCCCAGACAGUGGUGGAUGCAGGAGCUAUUGCUCACCUAGCACAGAUGAUCCUGAACCUUGAUGCUAAACUGAAGCGUCAAGUGCUUUCUGCUCUUAGUCAGAUAGCAAAGCAUUCGGUGGACCUGGCAGAAAUGGUUGUUGAAGCAGAAAUUUUCCCUGUGGUUCUUACGUGCCUAAAGGACAAGGAUGAAUACGUCAAGAAAAAUGCUUCAACUCUAAUUAGAGAAAUAGCAAAACAUACACCUGAGCUUUCACAACUAAUAGUUAAUGCAGGAGGAGUUGCUGCUGUGAUUGAUUGUAUUGGUUCCUGCAAAGGAAAUAUAAGGCUUCCUGGCAUUAUGAUGCUUGGCUAUGUAGCUGCUCAUUCUGAGAACCUAGCCAUGGCCGUGAUCAUCUCCAAGGGAGUGCCCCAGUUGGCAAUCUGCUUGUCAGAAGAAUCAGAAGAUCAUAUUAAGGCUGCUGCUGCUUGGGCCUUAGGACAGAUUGGAAGGCACACUCCUGAGCACGCACGUGCUGUGGCUGUGACAAAUGCCUUGCCGAUUCUACUGAGUCUCUACAUGUCACAAGACAGUUCAGAGGAUCUUCAAAUAAAAAGUAAAAAAGCUAUUAAAAAUAUUCUCCAAAAAUGCACCUAUCUGCCAGCCCUUGAACCAUUCUUGUAUGAUGCUCCUCCGAACAUUUUGAAGCACGUUGUCGGACAGUUCAGUAAGGUGCUGCCCCAUGAUAGCAAAGCACGGAGACUUUUUGUUACAAGUGGUGGUCUUAAAAAGGUUCAAGAGAUAAAGGCAGAACCUGGUUCUCUUCUUCAAGAAUACAUCAACAAUAUUAACAAUUGUUAUCCAGAGGAAAUAGUGAGGUAUUAUUCCCCUGGAUAUUCAGAGACACUUUUGCAGAGAGUGGACAGCUAUCAGCCUCUUGUAUAA